GAUUUUUUAAAUAUCUUUCUUUAUCAAGAAAUUAUCCCUUCCAAAGGUUCCAAAAAUUCCAGAAUUUCUUGCGUAGGUAGAAUUGAAUGAGAGAGAGAGAAGCGGGUUAAACAUUGGCGAAAUAACUGCUUCCUCUAUCACUUUAAACAGAUUCGAUCGAAACCAAUCGGUGGUUCGUAUCGCGGGCACCGGUUCUCGUUUCACACCCGCGUGAACAAAUCACUCACUGCUGUUCCACCCCCAUACGAAGCGAAUACGAGAGGGGAUUCUUGGCUCACUGGAGCAGCAGGUAAGGAUCCUGUUCGCAGUUUUACGCCGGCCAUCAAGAGUAUCAGUACUUCCGGAAUAUAAAAUAAUCGUAAUUGUUGCAAUUGCAAAAAAAAAAAAAAAAAUUAUUUUGCUACAAGUAUCGUAUAACAUCGUUUAAGCGCGAGUUUGUGUGUUUCAAUUUUAUUCGAAGCAACAAGAGUUACAUAUAUUGAAUCUUCGUUAUGGCAAAUGAUAAUGAGACCAUCGCGGACUCCCAGAAAAAAUCCGUAGACCUCGCGAGGAAGGAAUUGCGCGCGAUAUUGGGAAAAAUGAGCGAGCUAAGGCUUUCCAUUAAAGCAUGGAGAUUGCUUCGAGCCCGUUCGCGAUUAAAACCAACGAAACCAAUGAAAUUUCGCGCGAGACACCUGUGGAUUUUGCUGAUCACAUGGAUAACGGUGCAAGUCGUUCGAAAUCGCAUUCAGACAUAUCGAUAUAAUAAGUGCUUGAUAACAGUGCCCUGGUUUACGCAAAAAGUUUUCCGACCACCAGAAGAUUGUUCGAUCUGCCAGGACAUUCAACAGGUUGACAAGCUCUCGGCCGUUGAUCCAACGAUCUUCGAGCAACGCUAUGCGUAUUCAGGAAAACCAGUGGUGAUAAGCGACGCCAUGGCCAACUGGACGGCGUCCAAAGUCUUUUCUUUCUCAUUUUUUAAAACACUAUAUUACGAAAAGGAAGCAAAUUGCCAAUUUUUCCCGUACAAGACGGAAUUUCAGAGUCUGCAGGAUGUCUUCGAUAUGAACGCCAGUCGAGCCACAAUGGAAAAGGGCACGAAGCCCUGGUAUGUCGGUUGGAGCAACUGCGAUGAAAAAAUUGGCGCAAUAUUGCGUCAGCAUUAUCAAAGACCGUAUUUUCUCCCAGUCACCGCCGAAAGUGAAAAGACGGACUGGAUUUUUAUGGGGAGCCAUGGCUACGGUGCACCGAUACAUGUGGAUGAUGUAGAGUAUCCCUCCUGGCAGGCACAGAUAAAAGGUGAAAAACUGUGGAUUUUGGAACCGCCGAGAGAAUGUCACUAUACUUGCAAGAGACUGGAAGUGAUAGUGCAUCCAGGGGAAAUAAUUGUUUUGGAUACGAAUCGAUGGUACCACCAGACGAAAAUCGUUUCCAAAGAUAUGAGCAUUACUAUUGGUGCUGAAUAUGAUUAAUUAUAUAAUCUAUUCAUCGUAACGGUGCGACAAUUAACAAGUAUAGCUUGAUAAGAAAAAAAAUAUAAUAAAUAUAAUAACUCUCCUAUGCAAAUGUACAAAAAAUAAUAAUGCGCAAUAUUUAAAAAA